AGGGAAGGCCUAGAGAGUACGUCCGGAAGACAAAAGGGUGAAUUAGCACCAUUUCCAUGUGUUUGAACCGUUUUAGACCUAGCACCGCAGCGUAGUAUGAAUGUGGGCUAGGGCUAGGCCCAUCCUUACUUGUUUACUUCGAUGGCUGCCAAAGAACCUAGGCGUACUCCUACAACGCUGCACGUGUUCGACACUGAGUACAGUGCUGACUCAGCUGAAUUCUGUCCAGCCCCUGGAUAUUGCAAUGUUCUUGCUGUUGGCACCUACCAGCUGGCUGAUGAAGAAGGAUUCCAGGAGGAGGAUGAUGCUAGUUGCAAUAUUCCUAAAAAGAGACUUGGAAGGUUGUUGUUAUUUCACUGCCUUGAGGAGACAUUACAACUUACUGAUAGACAAGACACAGCAGCCAUCUUGGAUAUGAAAUGGAAUCCAGAGUCUUUGGAGCAUCCUGUCCUAGCGCUUGUUAAUGCUGAUGGUGAACUUCAAUUACUUCAGCUCAAUGAUAAGAUUCUUCAUAAUACAAAUUCAAGUGUAAUUGGAGAUGACAGAUUAGGCCUGUCUUUAGACUGGUCUAAUGCCAAAUACCAUAAUUCAGAACCUAGCAUCGUAACCAGCGAUUCUAAAGGAAUGGUGAGUACAUUCCAAGUGUCUAAUGAAAGGUCAUUGUCACAGAUCAGUCAGUGGACAGCUCAUGAAUUUGAAGCCUGGAUAUCGGCCUUUGAUUACUGGCAACCAAAUGUGAUAUACUCAGGUGGUGAUGACUGUCGACUCAAAGGCUGGGAUAUUCGGAAGCCAUGUCACGCUCCAACGUUUGUUAGUAAAAGUCAUUCCAUGGGUGUAUGCAGUAUCCAUAGUAACAGAUGGCGUGAAAAUAUUAUAGCAACCGGCAGCUAUGAUGAAAACAUAUUACUAUGGGAUACCAGGCAGAUGAAGAGUCCUCUAUCAAAGACGAGUGUUGGAGGUGGAGUGUGGAGGUUAAAGUGGCACCCGUCCAAUGGACAGUUCCUGCUUGCAGCUUGCAUGCAUAAUGGCUUUUUUAUUCUGGAUUGUUCAUCAAUAAAUGGUGAACCUCAGCGAGUUAUUUCAUCGUAUGACAGACAUGAAUCAUUAGCGUAUGGUGUAGAUUGGUGUCAUAAAUCAAACAUCUCGAACUACAGACACGAUUCAAGUUUACUAACGAACAAGGACACAAUAACUACAAAACCUGAAAACCUGGAGAAACCGAUCUCUGAAAUUGAUGAUCUUGAAAUGAAGUUGAGUGGUGUGGAGCUCCGAGAGAGCAAGGCAUGUUGGGAAGGGUCAAAUCAGGUCAUUGCUUCCUGUUCUUUUUACGAUCAUGUUCUGCAUGUAUGGAAAGCACCCGAUAAAUAAUGUUAUUCGUUUUUAUUUUUUAUUAAAAUAUAUUUCAAAAGUUAAA